AUGGGGUCGUUAGCCAGAAGGCGGUGCCUCGCCUGGCUCCUCCACGCCAGUGAAACCGCACCUGUUGCUUCCAGACUUCCCUUUGCACUUCCCAAGAAUCAGCUCAUACGCCAGUGGUUACAGGCGGUGCAACUGGGGGUGACACAGGCAAGGCGGGUGUGGGGGGGGCUGCAGCCUUCUUCCCCGCAUGUGAGGGUGUUUCAUGCCUCGGCGCCGGCAGCAGUGGUGACAGGCACGACAGGUGACACGGGCAAGGCGGGUGUGAGGGGGCUGCAGCCCGCCCUUGAGGGCUCAAGCGAGCAUGCUGGGGAGGCGGGGCGGUCCAAGCUGGUGGAGGCGUUUCAGAUUCAAGCAGCAUCAGACCCCAUGCGUGGCUUCAUGGUGGCGCUGCGGAAGUCCGAGCUCGGUUUUGAGACCGGCCUUGCGCUGAGGGACCUGCGAGUGGUCAUUUCCGCCCUGCAGAACCAGAUCCCCACUAUCCUCAUCCGCCCACGGGCCAUAGUGGUGAGUCUGGCGCACGUGAGGGCAGUCAUCACAGCCAACCGCGCAUAUGUCCUCAACACCUCCUCUUCCCCACUAUCUUCCCUCUCCUUUCCUGUACUCUCUCCCCACUUCCAACCACUUCCCGUGACUGGUCUCCUUAUUCCCCAUAUCCCCCCUCUACAGAUCCCCACCAUUCUCAUCCGCCCGCGGGCCAUAGUGGUGAGUCUGGCGCACGUGAGAGCAGUCAUCACAGCCAACCGCGCCUACGUCCUCAACACCUCCUCGCCCCGCGUGCGGCAACGACUCAUCCCCACCCUCCUGCGCCGCCUCUCUGCUUCGCGCUCGGCCGCUGCUGCUGCUGCUGCUGGUGCUGGUUCUGGUGGUGGGGGUGCUGGGUGUGAUGUUUGCUCUCCCCCAUCGCCCUCCUCCCCAGCUUCGUUUUCGGGGUCGGAUACGUUUUUCUCGGGUGCUGUGACGGUGUUUUCUGACUGCGGGGGUGAACCUCAGGGGAGUGAGGUGCGUGGAUUGGAGGAGGGAAGGGAUAAGAGGGGGGUGGAGCUAAGGGAGCUGGAACGGGAGGAACAGCUGCAGGAGAGGCAGCAGCGACAGGAAGGGCAGCAGAAGGUACUGGGGCAGGAAUAUGGAGAGGUACAGGGGCAGGGGCAGGGGGAGGGGCAGGGGCAGGGGCGAGAGCAGUGGGGUUCUGAUGUGUGGGGUGGUGAGGAAAGCAGGUGUAGGGAGAGUGGGAGGGAGGUGACGGGAGUGUGUGGGAGAGGAGAGGAUGAUUAUGAAGCGAGGGGGCAUGGAGAGAGAAGGGAGGGAAUUUUCUUAGAAGAGGAGAGGGAGGAGAGGAGAGGGGGUGCUAAAAGGGAUGAUGGGACGGAUGGUGGGAGGACUGAUGAGCGAGAAGAGGAGUGGUGUCAGGGGUGGCAGGAGGAGGUAUCUGAGAGGAGGAGAGAGGAGUGGAGGGCGAGGAGGCAGAGAGAGGAGGAGAGGAGGAGGAACAAGCGAUGGCUGGAGGAUUUGGAGAAAGAAAGCAAGGGAAGGUUCAGUGAAGCUUCGAAUGGAGAGGAGGAGGAGGGGGAGGGGGGGCGGGAGCACGGGGAUGGGCAUUUGAUUGGGAGUGACGGGCAGUGGGAGCGAUACGGGGAGGUGCUUCUGCUGGAGUUGACUCAGAAAGACGGUGUUCUGUUAAAGCCUGGUCAGGCAGGGCAGUUGGGUCAGCCGGGCCAGUUAGGUCAGUCGGAGCAGCCCAGUCUAAUGUCACAAGGGGAGGUGCUUGUAAGGGAGGGUGAGGCGAAGACAAGGCAAAGGGGAGGGGAAAAAGGGGAGGAGGGGAGCAGAGUGGAUGGAGGAAGUGGGGGGUGGGUAAGAAGGGAAACGAGGGAGCAGGAGAAGGCUAAGGGAGGGGAAGAGAGGAGGUGGGUGGAGCAUCUGGAAGGUAGGGGAAGGACGGGAGGAGUAGAGGGUGUGAGGGGUGGAGUGGUGGGUGGGAGUGGUGGAGAGGCGAGUGGAAGGGGUGCUGGAGAGAGUAAGAUAGACAUGAGGGAUGCUAGUACCACUACCACCACCAACGACAACACCACGAACAAUAACAGCACGAAACACCCUCCCCAGUCCACAGCAGCCCUGACCAUACCCAGGGUCGCACCCACCCCGUUUGAAUUCCAAGUCCUAGAGGCCCUUCUAGACGAGGUCGGGGUGACUCUGAAGGUCAAGUACGCGUCCAUAUUCCCGGGCGUGUACCAGGGCUUGAGGGCGUUCGCCGGGGGGCGAGUGCCGUAUGAGCGGGCCAUGGCGGAGCAAGAGGCGUUUCUGAGAGCCAAGAACGAGCUGCUGCGGCUGGAGCGGAGCGCGAAUCAGAUAUGCAACGCCGUCCGGGAAGUGCUGUCGAAUGAUGAGGACAUGGCAGAGAUGUACCUGUCACGAAAAUCGUCGCUCCCCCAUGGGACUGCUAACAGCGCGGAGCACAGCGAGGUGGAGGAGCUGCUGGAGGAUCACCUGAGGCGCAUGGAGGAGGUGGUGGGGGAGGCGGAGCAGCUGCUUUCCAUGUCCGAUGCCACGUCGGAAUACCUCAGAACUGCUCUGGACAGUGCGCGCAAUCAGCUGAUUGAGCUCGACGUGCUUGUCAACAUGGCUACAUGCUCGCUCGCCGUGGGUGGCUCCAUUGCUGCUGUCUUCGGUAAGCAUCUGGUUAUUGAUAGCACCGCUAUCGCGCCAUCACGCAUCGGAUGCCCCCAGAAGCCUUCGUCAGCAGCGGGGAAAUGCAGCAGCGUAAGCAGGCAGCGGCGACGGGUGGGUGGGAGAGGUGUGGUUGCAGCCAGUCCUCCCACGGAGGAGGUUGAGGUGCGGACUGAGCCGUUGACCAAGGAAGACCUGGUCAACUAUCUGCGAUCCGGCUGCAAGCCCAAGGACAAGUGGAGGAUCGGCACGGAGCACGAGAAGUUCGGGUUCGAUCAGAAGACGCUCCAGCCAAUGACGUACGAGCAGAUCGCGACGCUGUUGGAGCACAUUGCGGAUCGGUUCUCGUGGGACAAGAUCAUGGAGGGCGACAGGAUCAUUGGCCUGCGAUCGAACGGGCAGAGCGUGACGCUGGAGCCCGGAGGUCAGUUCGAGCUGAGUGGCGCACCCCUGGAGACAGUGCACCAGACGUGCGCUGAGGUCAACGGUCACCUCUAUCAGGUGAAAUCCAUCUGCGAGGAGGAGCACGUGGGGUUCCUGGGCCUGGGUUUUAACCCGAAGCACACCCUGGAGGAGAUCCCCAUCAUGCCCAAGGGCCGCUACACCAUAAUGCGCAACUACAUGCCCAAGGUGGGCUCGCUGGGGCUGGAGAUGAUGUUCCGCACGUGCACCGUGCAGGUCAACCUCGACUUUGACUCCGAGCAGGACAUGGUCGACAAGUUCCGUGUGGGCCUCGCACUACAGCCGGUGAACCUCGACUUUGACUCCGAGCAGGACAUGGUCGACAAGUUCCGCGUUGGCCUCGCGCUACAGCCGGUGGCCACGGCCUUAUUCGCCAACUCGCCAUUCCUGGAGGGCAAGCCCAAUGGGUAUCUCAGCUACCGCAGUCGAGUGUGGGAGGACACUGACAAAGACCGCACAGGGGACCUCCCGUUUGUUUUCGAGGACGGCUUUAGCUUUGAACGCUAUGUGGAGUAUGCCCUGGAUGUACCCAUGUACUUUGCCUACCGUGACCAGCGCUACAUCGAUGCCACUGGGCUCUCCUUCCGGGUAAGCACAGCGCUACAUCAAUGCCACGACCAGCGCUACAUCAAUGCCACAGGGCUCUCCUUCUUCCGAGACUUCUUGAACGGCAAGCUCCCAGUGCUGCCAGGUGCCUACCCCACUCUCAACGACUGGGAAAACCAUCUUACCACCAUCUUCCCUGAGGUGCGGCUGAAGCGGUAUCUUGAGAUGAGGGGCGCGGAUGGCGGGUCGUGGAGGAGAAUAUGCGCCCUGCCCGCCUUCUGGGUGGGGUUGCUGUACGACCGACAGGCGCUGGACGAGUGUAAGGCAAUCAUCUCUGACUGGACGGAGCUUGAGCGCUCUGCUCUGCGCACACAUGUUCCUGAUACUCUCUCCCUCUGCUCCCCCCUUUUCUUCCUUAUCCCCUCCCCCCGCCUCUCACCUCCUCUUGUGAACUUCCUCCUCUGUUUGGUGCCCCGCAUGGCCCUCAAGACGCCCUUCAGGGAGGGGCUGCUGCAGCACCUGGCACAGGACCUUGUCAGAAUCAGCAGAGACGGAUUGCAAAGACGAGGGUACAGGGAAGGCAAUUUCCUCAAGGAGCUGGAGAACAUCGCUGCUACAGGUGUGACUCCUGCAGAGCGCAUGUUGGAGGCAUACCAUGGCAGGUGGGGGGAGAGCGUGGACCCUAUCUACAAGGAGCUCAUUUACUAG